AUGAGACUUUUCCUCAUGUUGGAAGUUGACGACCAGAUGAUGUCAGUGCAGAAUAAGAAUUCGUCAUAUUUCGUCGAAUGGAUUCCCAACAAUGUAAAGACUGCCGUGUGCGAUAUUCCACCACGUGGACUGAAGAUGGCCGCCACCUUUAUUGGAAACUCAACAGCAAUUCAAGAACUGUUCAAGCGCAUUUCUGAGCAGUUCACUGGUAAAGUUACUUUUUUCAACAAAUAG